UUUGGGGUGUCGGUGCUGCGGGGAGCCACGGCCACAUGCGGCUAUCAGCUGCCUUGGAAGCCUUGCACUGAAAACUGGGUUAGACAUGUCUUCGAUAAAUCAAGGCAGGAAUAGAACAUAGUAGACCUCAGUUUCUGCCUGUUCUGAAUCCUUUUGAAUGGUACUUCUCUACAAGCAGCAAGGAAUCCUGGAUCCCAGCUAGUUCCUGCCCAGUGACAAAACCUGACAUGCUCAAUGUUCAUCUUAUCCCCCACACGCAUGACGAUGUGGGCUGGCUGAAGACAGUGGACCAGUAUUUCUUUGGAGUCCGCAACGACAUCCAGCACGCUGGGGUGCAGUACAUCCUGGACUCUGUUAUACCACAGCUACUAGCUGACCCCAGCAAGCGUUUCAUCUAUGUGGAAGUGGCCUUCUUUGCCCGCUGGUGGGAGCUGCAGACAGAGGACGUGCGCCGGGCGGUGCAGCGGCUUGUUGCUGAGGGCCGCUUGGAGUUUGUGAACGGUGGCUGGUGCAUGAAUGACGAGGCUUCCGUCCACUACAGCGCCGUCAUUGACCAGAUGAGCCUGGGCCUCCAUUUCCUGCAAGAGACAUUUGGCGAGUGCGGCCGGCCCCGGGUGGCCUGGCACAUUGACCCUUUCGGGCACAGUCGUGAGCAGGCCUCCCUCUUUGCACAGAUGGGCUAUGACGGCUUCUUCGUGGGCCGCAUUGAUUACCAGGACAAGGCUCAACGGGAGGCCUCACGGGAGAUGGAGCAACUGUGGCGUGCGAGCGGAAGCCUGGACCCUCCUGUGGCUGAUCUCUUUACUGGUGUCCUGCCAAAUGGUUACAACCCUCCCACAGCACUCUGCUGGGAUCAGAUCUGCUCUGACAACCCCAUUGUCGAUGACGACAGCGAUGAGAACAAUGUGGAGGAUCUAGUGGCCUAUUUUCUGGGGGUUGCAGCUGCCCAGGCCAAAUACUAUCGCACCAACCACAUUGUCAUGACAAUGGGAUCUGACUUCCAGUACGAGAAUGCGCUCCUAUGGUACAAGAAUAUGGACAAGCUGAUCAAGCAUGUCAACGCAAAGCAAUUGAGAGGGAUCCACGUCAAUGUUCUCUACUCUACCCCAAGCUGCUACCUGUGGGAGUUGAACAAGGCCAACAUGUCAUGGUCCGUGAAAUAUGACGACUUCUUCCCAUAUGCCGAUGGCAGUCACCAAUUCUGGACAGGCUACUUCACCAGCCGCCCAGCUUUGAAACGCUACGAGCGGCUCAGCAACAACUUCCUGCAGGUUUGCAACCAGCUAGAAGUACUAGCUGGUACACAGGCAAAUGUGGGGCCUUAUGGCAAUGCCAACAGUUCUGUGCUGCGCCGGGCCAUGGGAGUUGCUCAACACCACGAUGCAGUGAGCGGCACAGCAAAGCAGCACGUGACCAAUGACUAUGCCAAACAGUUGUCUGUUGGUUGGGAUGCCUGCCAGAUUGUGGUCAGUAACGCCCUUGCCAGCAUUGUUGGCAGCAAAGAGAACUUCAUGUAUUGCAACUACCUCAACAUCAGCGUCUGCCCACUGACGGAAGCUGCCCAAACGUUCAUGGUCCUCGUCUACAACCCUCUGGCGCGCCCUGUGAACUGGAACAUCCGGCUGCCGGUGAACGGGAGUCAUUACUCCGUCUUGGCUCCUUCUGGUCAGGCUGUUCCGAAUGAGGUGAUCCCUGUAUCAAGUUUCACCCGUGCCGUGCGGCAUAAUUGGGGCGAUGCCAUCAACGAACUGGUAUUCCAGGCCUCCACCCCACCGCUGGGCUACACUACUUAUUCUGUCUCCAGUUUACCUGGCAGAGACCCUGUACGCUCCAGGCUACUGAAGAGGCUGCAUCAUCAACCUGGAACGGAGCAUCUUUCUUGGGAGAUCCAGAACGAGCAUCUCCGGGUUCUGUUUGACCCCAGAACAGGGCUCCUGAAGGAGAUUGAGAACCUAGACAAGAACAUCUCUUUACCAGUGUCUCAAAACUUCUUCUGGUACAACGCCAGCACUGGGAACAUGGACAGCAGCCAGGCGUCUGGAGCCUACAUCUUCCGCCCCAACCAAUCUGAGCCCUUCUCCAUUGGCAAGGGAGCCCGUGUGACCCAUGUGGCGAGCCAAGUGGUGCAGGAGGUCUACCAGAACUUCUCUGACUGGUGCUCCCAGGUGGUGCGCCUCUAUGCUGGGCAGCCCUAUGUUGAGCUCGAGUGGACGGUAGGACCCAUCCCCAUCCGAGACGGCCUUGGCAAGGAGAUCAUCAGCCGCUUUGAGACCAACCUGCAGACCGAUGGGCUUUUCUACACCGACUCCAACGGGCGCGAGAUCCUGCAGAGAAGGCGCAAUUACAGGGCCACAUGGAACCUGAGCCAGACGGAACCCGUGGCCGGCAACUACUACCCAGUGAACAGCCGCAUCUACAUCAAGGACCAGAAGAUCCAGCUAACAGUCCUGACAGACCGCUCGCAGGGAGGCAGCAGCAUCCUUGACGGAUCUCUUGAGCUCAUGGUCCAUCGGCGGCUCCUGUACGAUGACAACCGAGGCGUCGGGGAGCCGCUGCUGGAGCCUGGCGAUGACUACCACGGGCUUGUGGUGCGGGGCCGCCACCUCAUCCUCUUGGACACGGCCGAGUCCUCGGCUGAGCAACACCGGCUGCGGGCCCAGCAGGAGUACAUGGCGCCACAGCUGGUGCUGGCCCCUGGGGGGGGACCUCCAUACUCGCCUGGCCAGGACUACCUCAAGGAGUUUUCUGCCCUGCGCCAUGCAAUCCCUUCCAAUGUCCACUUGCUCACGUUGGCCCAGUGGGAGCCUGACUCCAUCCUCAUUCGUCUCGAGCACCAAUUUGAACGCGGGGAGAGUGCCAACGGCUCCAUGCCUGUCAACAUUAACUUACUGAACCUGUUCUCUUCUUUCAACAUUAUCUCUGUGCAAGAGAUGAACUUGGCUGCUAACCAGAAGCGGGAGAACAUGAACCGGCUCAUCUGGCAGCCAGCUGAAGGAGCAGCAGAGCGGCCAUCAAGCAUUCAGCUAGACCCAGCUCACAUCGUACUACAACCUAUGGAGAUCCGGACCUUCCUGGCUCAUAUUCAGGACCAAGCCAUGCCUGAGAGAGAGAUCAAAGGAAGGGAUUAACAUUUUCCCACUCAUUCAGCCCACAUGGAGUUAGAUGUGGUCUAAAGAGUGGCAGACACUGGAGUUCUCCAUGCCGCUUUUUCAAAAGGGAGCAAAUGGGUCUAAUUUCUUCUGGAGAGAGGCAUAUUUUAGGCCGGCUAAAUUAAUUAAGGGUAGGAGGACCCUUUUCUGAGAACUUGUCUGGGACUUUUCUCUUGGUGAAUGAGAAAGGGAUCACUGUUAAAAUGCCCUAUAUCCCCACUCUCACACACACAAAACAGCCAUCCCAUAAUGUGACCAUUUUCAGAGGCGUGUGUAGGAAUUGGUGGAGUACUUGGGUUACCGUCUGUGCAAUCAUUACCUUUUCAAUAAAGCACUUCUUAAAAG